AUGGAUGACACGCCUAUAGCCAUUAUUGGCUUGGACGCCAGAUUCCCUGGCGAUGGAGAUACUGCAGAGAGCUUCUACGAAUUUUUGCUGGCCGGCCGCUCGGCACGCACCGAGAUACCCCGGGAGAGGUACAAUGCCGACGCGUUCUGGCACCCGGACGGCAACAGAAGUGGCGCUACGAGGACUCGAGCCGCACACUUUCUCAAGGGAAGCAUAUCUGCCUUUGAUGCACCACUCUUCUCCAUUCAGCCUACGGAGGCGGCCGCAAUGGACCCCCAGCAACGGGGAAUACUCGCGAGCGUCUACAGAGCACUCGAGAAUGGCAAGUUCCCCCUUGCCGGCAUACCGAUCGAGAAAGCUGCGGGAAGCCAAACGGGAGUCUUUGUUGGAUGCAUGUACUCCGACUACGAUCGGAUGACAGUCAAAGACCUCGACAGGCCCACAGCAUAUGCUGCCUUGGGUACCGUCUAUAGCAUGCUGAGCAACAGGGUAUCCUGGUGCUUUGAUUUCCGUGGGCCCAGCAUCACUGUAGAUACUGCUUGCUCGAGUAGUUUGGUAGCUUUGCACCAGGCAUGCAACUCUUUGAAGCUACGCGAGUCUUCCAUGGCCGUGGUUGGGGGCUGCAACCUGAUCAUCUCCCCAGAGUUUGCGUUGCUACUUGAUGCGGCUGGUGUUCUCGGCCCCGAUGGAAAGUCGUACAGCUUCGACCAUCGCGGAAAUGGCUACUCGCGCGGAGAGGGCUUUGGUGUCGUUAUCCUCAAGCGACUGCCAGAUGCGCUCCGCGAUGGAGAUGUCAUCAGGGCUGUCAUCCGCAACUCGGGGUCCAACUCGGAUGGAAGAUCUCCAGGCAUCGCCCAACCAACAAAGGCGGCCCAGGCAGCUUUGAUAAAGCAGGUCUACGCAAACGCGGGACUCGACCCAUCAGUCACGCGCUUUUUCGAGGCGCACGGAACGGGCACAGCAGUUGGCGAUCCCAUCGAGGCGAGCGCAAUCGCCGAGGUCUUUGCAACCCACCGCUCCCCAAAAUCCCCGUUGUGGGUGGGCGCAUUGAAAAGUAACAUAGGUCAUCUCGAAGGCGCUGCAGGUGUUGCCGCAGUGAUCAAGGGUGUCCUCACGCUGGAACACGGCGUCAUUCCUGCAAACACCUGGUUCGAACGCAAAAACCCAAAGAUAUUGGAUUCUUGGCACCUCAAAUUCCCAACAGAGCCCGUAGUCUGGCCGCAGCCUGGCCUUCGACGCAUGUCAAUAAACUCGUUUGGCGUGGGAGGAUCCAACGCUCACGUCGUCAUGGACGAUGCCUUGCACUUUUUACAGACGUACAGUUUGGUUGGAAACCAUCGAACAGUCGCACUGCCGAGACUACCUGGGAGCUCGAACACCCGCCGCAUCGUCUCUCAAGGGGUUUCUGGCGUGGAAUCCACAGACUCGGACUCAGGGUUCAAGACUCCAGAUGGCACACACUCGCCAGACUCGAUUCCCGAGCACUCAAAAGACAUCAAAUUCAACCCUAGCUGUACGAAUGCAUAUACGCCACAGACAGCAGACGAUAUUCAACAAUCUAAGCUAUCAGUGGUUACUUGCCCCGAGGCCUUGUCCUCAAGCCUUUCAGGUCUGGCUAUUUCCGAGCAAGGCGAGCGACAGUCGCAGCUUUUCGUCUUUUCCUCAUCCGAUAAAGAUGGUGUCUCGCGUGUUGUGGACCAACUAGCCGAUUAUGUGGCCAAAAAGACAAAAGGAUAUAGGCCAAACACGCUGGAUCAGUCCAAAUUUCUCCGGGAUCUAAGCUAUACCCUGGCUUGCAAAAGGACCCGUCACGCUUGGAGGUCUUUUGUCGUCGCCAGGACUCAGCCAUCGCUGUCCGCCAUGCUUCAAGAGAAGCCGUUGGCGACGAGGGCUGCCAGUGAGCCGCAGCUCGCUUUCGUCUUUACCGGGCAAGGAGCCCAAUGGCCCGCCAUGGGAAGAGGUCUGAUGAUAUAUCGUGCUUUCAGAGAGAGUUUGUAUGCGGCAGAAGAAUACAUGACGCAGAUACUUAGGUGUCCCUGGUCACUCACGUACGAACUUUGCAAGGAGGAAGGGGCAUCGCGCAUCAAUGAUGCGGAAUUCAGCCAGCCAAUCUGCACCGCCCUCCAGGUGGCGCUUGUCGAUCUACUUCAAACAUGGAAAGUCAAACCGCAUGCCGUCGUGGGUCACUCCUCGGGGGAGAUUGCCGCGGCCUAUGCUGCUGGACAGCUCUCACGACAGUCAGCAUGGCGCAUUGCAUAUUAUCGCGGCAAGCUUUCGGCCAAGCUGAUCCGGUCCCUGAAGCCCCACGAAAAACAACAAGACGCGCGCGUGCAAAAGACGGGCAUGGUUGCGGUCGGGCUUGAUAAGGACGAGACGCUCGCAGCCAUCAGCAGAGUCGACAGCCUCGUCCCUGAGGGUACGCUGGAGAUUGCUUGCCUGAACAGCCAGGAAAGCCACACCGUAAGCGGUGAUAUGGCAAAGCUGGACGCGCUUGUUGAGUUGUUGAAGAGCAAAAAAGUGUUUGCGAGGAAGCUGGCUGUUGAAAUCGGUUACCACUCGAAACAUAUGCUUCCAAUAGCAGAUGACUAUGUUCAGCUCAUCGGUAACAUUGGCAGCGAUUUGCCGGCCCGCCAGGGAGAACGUCUGCCUCGAUACUUUUCCUCGCUCGAAGGGAUUGAAAUCCCUCUAGAUCGUCUGCAAAGCCCAGAGUACUGGGCGAACAAUCUAAUCUCCCCGGUGCGGUUCCACGAAGCGGUUAAGCUCAUGCUGCUGGCCGAUCUUGGCUGCAAUAGCCAUGAAGAAUCCUCGACACUUGGCAAGAAGACCGUUACCAACUUGGUAGAAAUCGGCCCGCAUGCGGCUCUCAGAGGACCCAUACGAAGCAUAAUCCAGCAGGUGCACCAGACUGCAGAAGACAAGAUUGGUUACGCGACGGUGCUCAAACGAGGUGACGCCGCAGUUGAAAGCGCACUCGAGGCGGCGGGGUCACUCUUCUGUCGUGGCUUCGAUGUGGAUUUGGCAGCGGUCAACCAGCACCACGUCGCAUCAUCACAACAGUCCAUAACCCAGUAUGGAGAGAGUAGUGUCCUGAUGUUGACCGACCUACCCGGCUACCCCUUCAAUCACAAAAAGGAGUAUUGGGCCGAGUCGAGACUGAGCCGCAACUACCGCUUCAGAUCAGCACCGCGACACGAGCUCCUCGGUGCCCCCGUCCCGGACUGGGACAAAGACGAUGCCAUGUGGCGCAACUACAUCCGAGUCAAUGAGAGCCCCUGGAUGGAAGAUCACAAGGUCUCUGGAGACAUAGUCUAUCCCGCCGCAGGGAUGCUCGUCAUGGCGAUAGAGGCCAGUCGCCAACUCGCUGACAAAGACCGGCAGGUAGCUGGUUUUAGAUUCAAGGACGUCUCCUUCCACCUCGCUCUGCUCGUCCCUGGGGAUGAUCUAGGGGUCGAGACUCGCUUUCGACUGAGGUCUGUGUCCGGAGGCAGUUUGGCAGGCUGGAGCGAGUUCCAGCUGUGCACCAGUGAUAACGACGACUGGAAGGAGCACUGCCGCGGCUUUGUGCAGACAGAAUAUGCUCAGACUGGUUCAAGCACCGGAGCUGACGCAUCAACGCUGGUGCGCCGCCAGUGCCAGGAGGAGAUUGUACGGGCCAGAAAGAGCUGUACUUGCAGAGUUCACGCCGACAAGGUUUAUCGCGAGCUGUCAAACAUCGGGCUUGACUUUGGGACAACUUUCCGCACUCUCAAGGAUGUCAAGUUCGACGGAACCUCACGGGUUUUGGCGCGAGCAGAGUCUCAGGUUUUCCAUGUCAAAAAGCCAAUGCCGGGAGAAUACCUGCAGCCGCAUCUCGUGCACCCAAGCAUGUUGGAUGCGGUUUUGCAAGCCAAUCUGAUACCCUUCGCCUUGGGUUCCUCCUCGCGGGAUUCCCUGGUCCCAGUCUUCGCGAGCGACUUUUGGUUCUCUGCAGCAGCGAAAGAGGGGGUGGAAUUCCACAAUUCGGCAUACCUCAUAUCUUCACAUGCAAAGCUGACGCCCGGAACUGCAAAUGCGGAGGCGUCAUUCUUCGGUAUCCACGCCGAUACCGGCGAACCGCUUAUAACAUCGAGUGGGUUGGUCUUCAAGGCAAUCCCCAAUACUGCGUCUUCUGGUCAGAGGAAUCAUCAUCACCGCCCUGCCCUCAAUCUUGACUGGAAGCCGGAUCCAAAUUAUCUCACCGAGGAGGAUGCUCUUCGCGUGUUUGGAUUACCCAGCAUAACGCAAUCAAGCGAUGGGGUGUCUGGCGAUACGGCGGAUUUCGAGGCCCUCUGCCUUCUCUACAUGCGCAGAUUUUUAGCCUCGCUCGACGAGACGGUCGUCGAGAAACUGGAGUGGCAUCAUUUGCGCUACGUGUCGUGGAUGAGGCACGUCAUGCAGACCAUGACGCUGGAGCCUCCGACUGACGACAUAUCAGUCAUGGAGGCCAGGAUCGGGGCCGCGGGCACCCCCGAGGGCAAGUUGAUAAUGGCGGUGGGACGGAACCUUGCAAAAAUCCUCAUCACCGGGGACGUUGACCCGCUAGAUGUCAUCUUUGGCGACAAGGUUGCGGAGAAUGUUUAUCGCGAGGGGUUAGGGUCGCGCCGCUGCUACGCGCAAAUGUGUGCCUACCUCGACGCGCUUGCACAUGUCAACCCGUCCAUGAAGAUUCUGGAGGUCGGCGGGGGGACUGGUGGUGCCACGGUCUCCGUCAUGAAGACGCUGAUGGCUGAUGGCGCCCGCCGGUUUGACCACUACGACUUUACAGACAUUUCACCCAGCUUCUUUGAGCACGCCAAGGAUGCCUUUAAAGAGACGGCUGACCACAUGAGCUUCCGUGUUCUCAACAUUGAAAAAGACCCGACUGACCAGGGGUAUGUGCCCGAAAGCUACGACCUCGUCCUCGCGGCGAAUGUGCUCCACGCCACCAAAAGCAUGGAGAGGACGCUGGCGCACGUCAGGAAGCUCCUCAAGCCCGGCGGAAAGCUGGUCGUCUUUGAGCUGACGAACCCGGCCGUCCUCCUCGGCGGCUUCUGCUUUGGCGUCCUGCCCGGCUGGUGGCUGUCCGAGGAGGCAGACCGCGAGUGGGGCCCGCUGAUGGUCGUCGACACCUGGAGGACAUAUCUCGAGCGCGCAGGCUUCAGUGGCGUCGAUGCCGCGUUUGACGACUUCCCCGAUGCGGCGCGCCAGACCAGCUCGAUCCUGGUCUCGACCGCGCUGCCUGUUGCCGACGCUAGCGAGCCAGCGUCUGCGGUAGACAAGCUCACUCGCUACUGUGUUUUGAUGGACGAACAGCCUUCUGGACUCCAGAAACAGGUUGCCGAUGCGUUGCUGCCGGUUCUGGCGCGGACGGGCUCUGUUGAAACGAGCACCAUUCCCGGCAGCGUUGGUCGUGACUUGAAGGGAAGCUGCUGCAUUGUGCUCACGGAGCUCGACUCGCCAGCCCUGGCUGAUAUGACCGCAGAGGUAUUCGCCGCCCUGAAGGGUGUUUUGAGCAGCUGCAAUCGCAUUUUCUGGCUGAGCCGUGGCGGCAAUGGUAUAGUUGCCGCUCCUGAUCGCGAGUUGGUGACUGGCCUCGCGAGGGUGGUCAGGGCGGAGAGGGAACCCCCCUUCGACUUUGUGACCGUUUCUUUGGCGGAAGCGGAGAGUGCAGAGACCAUUGCCGACAAGACGUUGCAGGUUUUGGGCAGAAGUCAAGAGACUGCAGAGAACUCCUUUAGGGUUUCUAACGGCGUUGUCCAUGUGCCACGCCUCGUAGAGGCAGCUUACCUAACGGAUCACAUUGGUAAUGAAGCGCGUCCUACCUUGAAGCAGGUCAAGACGCAAGAGGUCAAGCUCGGGGCUGAUUCGCGCGACUUUGCUGCACAAACAAACUCUGCUGGGUUGGUUCAAGGCGCCGAUGUAGUUGACGUCUGUUUUUCAGAGGACAAUUCGCGUAAAGGGCCUCUUGCCGAUGACGAGGUUGAGUUCAAAGUCGUGGCCUGCAGUGUCAGCGCCCAUGAGAUGGCGGCGGAGGCGAAUGCAGCUGGAGGAGAUUCUCCAUUCGUCAUGGGCAUAGAAGUCGCCGGAGAAGUGACGCGACUUGGACUGGCAGCAGCAUCCAAAUUUUCAGUCGGCGACAGAGUAACGGGAAUCUGCCUGGAGGGUGCCAUCAAGACUCAUGCUCGCACGCGUGCCGGACUGCUCGCCAAGAUCAGCGACAAAGUGACGUGGACUCAGGCGGCGCAGAUACCCAUGGCCUACUUCGCUGCAUGUGCCAUCAUUCAGUAUAUGGGCGUCGGCGACAGCGGUGACAUCUUGCUUGUGCACAGAGCCGCUGCCAGUGCUGCUGGGCUGGCAGCCAUUCAGGUGGCUCGCAGCAACGGCGCCAAGAUCUUUGCCACAGUCGCCAACGCCCAGGAACGGACGGUUCUUCAGGAGUUGGGGGGACUCCUCGCGGAGCACAUUCUGGAGCUUGACCAUCAUACUACACUUGGCACCACAGUCAAAUCCAAGACUGGCAAUCGCGGAGUCGAUGUAAUCAUUGACGCACUCCCACACUCAGACAUCGACCAUGCCGCAAGCUUGGUCGAUUGCCUGGCCUCCUUUGGAAGGUUUGUGAGUCUGGGUGAGGGGCCCAUGCCUGGCAUCAGCGGUCGUCGCAACAUCUGCCUGGAGAGGUUCAACGGCGCGGAGCUGAUGGCGCUAAACUACGAAAAAGCACAGCGCAUAUUCCUCCGGGCGGCACGGUUCAUUGGCGACGAGCCGCUGGCUGCCGUUGCUCAAGUGCCAGUCUACAAGUUCUCCGAGGCAUCUGAAGCACUUGCGCAGCUGGGGAAGGGUGAGAGUGCCAUUGUUCUCGAACCUCACGAUGAGGACAUCAUCAAAGUGGUGGUGAGCGAGCAAGCGAAUGACGGUUCUUCGUCUAGGUUUGAACCCGACGCGUCUUAUAUGAUCGUUGGCGGGCUUGGGGGCCUCGGAAGGUCGGUUUCGCGGUGGAUGGUCUCGAAGGGAGCGAGAAAUUUGAUCCUCGUCUCCAGGAAAGGGGCAGUGAGCCCUGAAGCAAAAGAGCUAGUUGCAGAGCUGCAGGAUUCCGGGGUCAAAGUCGUCACUCCAGCUUGUGAUGCGACUGACAAAGUGGCCUUGAGAAAUGCUUUGGAUGAGUGUGUAGUCCACAUGCCACCCAUCAAGGGUGUUCUACAAUGCUCAAUGGUUUUGAAGGACAAACGGUUCUUUGACAUGUCCCUAGAAGAAUGGAAUGCUGCCAUCAGGCCCAAGGUGGACGCGUCCGUGAACAUCCACCAUGUUCUCGACACAGCGAACUUGGACUUCUUCAUCAUGCUUUCGUCGACUGUCGGCUUGACAGGAACUGCCGAGCAAGCCAACUACGCGGCAGGCGGGACCUUCCAGGACGCAUUUGCACGCAGCCUGGCCGCAUCCCAGGCAGCCACCAGCGGGCCAGUCAUCGCCUCUUUGGACUUGCCCGUGAUUCUCGACGUCGGCUUUGUGGCUGAGAAGCCCGAGCUGAUGAGCCAGCUCAAGGCUGCGGGGUGGGCCUUCAUGGAAGAAGAAGAGUUCCACGCAGCACUCGACUAUCACUGCUUCCGGAAAGGCCAACUCGACCCAGCUGCAUCUGUACUCAGAGCGCAAGUCGCCCCACGCCUCUGGCUGGCACAAGACACGGCCGACGAGGGCACAGAGCCGCCGGCGUGGGUGCGUGAUCCACUCUUCAGCCACCUGCGCCCCAGCACAACAGACGCUGCAGUCAACAGCGGCGGGGGCGAGACAGGCAAGAAGGAGAUGAAGCACGCAGCGCUGCUGGCGGCGGCGACGUCGACGGCAGAGGCCGAGGCGGUGGUGCUCGACGCGCUGCUGGCCAAGCUCUCGCGCGUGCUGAGCGUCGAGCUUUCGGAUCUGGACCCGGCGUGCCCGCUCUCCAGGUACGGCGUCGACUCGCUGGUCGCCGUGAGCCUGCGGGCCUGGCUCGGCAAGGAGCUGGGCGCCGAACUGUCCGUCUUUGAGAUGACGGACAAGCCGAGCAUACGCGCGCUCGCAGCUACUGUUGCGGGAAGGAGUCGGUUGGUGUCCAAUGCUUCGACGUGA